UUCUCAUUUUCAUUCCAAAAACCCAAAACCCAGAGAGAGUGUAAGAACCAACAAACACGCAUUUCACACACUCUCUAAAUAAGCGUCGCACACUCUUAACCAAAGCUACUUCCAAAAACCUCUUCCGUUUUCUUCUCCAUUGCUGCUCAAAUCUUCAAACAACUCCAGGAAAAAGGUAGUAUAAUGGCUGAAGAAAUGGAUAAACCUGCUGAUUAUGAGCAAGGUAGUAAUUGCAAGAGAAAAUUGAAUCAUGAGUUUUCUAUGGUUCCGGACGAGCGUUCGUCGAAUGUGGAUGGUGAUUUUUCUCUCUACGGAUUUACGAAUCUGCCAGACUUAAAUGAAUUUGAUCCGUCGGGAUUGGAUUUAGAUUGUUAUACAGAGGAGCCGCAGUUACGCGUGCUCGAGGUUGAGGAUUGGAAGGAUCCUAUGGCGAUUAAGCUGGAGGAGUUACUGAUGAGUAAUUUGGAUUCGAUUUUCAGAAAUGCAAUCAGGAAGAUUGUUGAUUUAGGUUACAGUCAACAAAUGGUUGAAAAGGCUCUUUCGAGGAAGGCCUUGUAUGCAGAAGGAGACCUUGUCGCUAAUAUUGUUUGCUACACGGUGAAAAAUUUGAAGGAAAAAUGUAGUGAGAGUAUUGCAGAAUUUGCAUUUCAAAACUUUAAGCAGUUACUGCAUUAUUUCUUGGUGGAGAUGAUCGGUAUACUUCGCGAACUAAUGCCGUCCAUAACUGUAACUGAAGCAAUGUGGGAGUUGCUGAUACAUGAUUUGAGUAUAACGCGUGUUAUUGGAGCUGAUGAUCAGUCGAGUGAUGUUUCUAGCGAGCAAAGCUCUGACAAGUCUUCGGUUCCCCCAUCAAAGCCAGAGGUUCAACAAAGCUCUGAUGUAGUUUCCGACUCCAGUUUGAUAACUAGCCAAAAGGGCUUCCAGGAAAGUAAAUCAGGAUCUAAUUCCAAGCUGAAUAGUAGAAAAGAACUUGCAUUUGCACUUAGGCAGAAGUUCAUUCAUAUGGAGAAAACUAAAGCUUGUGGAAAAGGUGGUGUUAAAUUAGCUAAGCUUACAAGCGUAAGUGGUUUGAUUGUUGAAAAAAGACUUAAGCCACAGUCUGAAAUUCCUAAUCAGAAAAUGAAACGCGGCUCCUCAAAUUCAAAAGGAGUUAGUAAAGCAGAAAAAGGGGUUAGUAUAGCAAACAUAUGCCAAGUUUCAACCAAUGAUGAUUCAGCUGUACCUGAAGGAGGUAGUUCCCCAAUGAAAACAAUCCAACCAAAACCUAACCCAUGCUCCUCUGUCACUCAAAAGGUUCAAAACUACUGUGCUCGUAUUCCUUUUGACAAGAUUUCGGGCAAGUUUAUCCCAAGGGAUGAAAAGGACGAACAAAUUUUGAAAUUAGUUUCUCGAGCGCAAGAAUUGCAGGAUGAGCUACAAAGCUGGAAUGACUGGACUACUAAGAAGGUUAUGCAGGUAGCUGAUAAGGUUCGCAAGAUUCAGGCUGAGUCUAAAUCUCUGAAAAAAGAAAUGGAAGCAUAUAGGAAAGAAAGGAAAGCUGUAGAGGAGAAUGCUGAGAAAAGGAUCACUGAAGUGGAGAAUGCUACGGAAAAUAAUAAAAAACAAAUUCAGAGUGCUGCUUCUUCCAUCUUCAUUCUAGAGACAAAAAAAUCAUUGCUAGAGAAGGAGUUGGAGUCUGCUAGGUUGUUGGCUGAACAGUCUAUGACAACCCAUCGAGAAGCACUGGUGAGAGAAAGGAUGGCUAUUCAACAAGCUCAGUCAUGGAAUUCGGAGAAGGAGUUGCUUCAAGAUGAACUUGAGAAAGAGAAGCAAACAUUAUCUAAGCUGCAACAGGAGAUAGAAAAGGGGAAAAAUGUGCUAGCCAAUACUGAGGGUAGAGUAAAAAGGGAGAAAGCUAAGACAGAGAAGAUCCUGGCACAGGCUGCAUACUUUAGAAAAGAAAGAGAACAAUAUGAAGCACUCAUGAAAGCUGAAGAGGAUGCCAUUAGAAAGAAGGCAGCUAGUGAGCUGCAGGAAUAUGUGGAAAGCAUGGUAAAGCUCGAGAAUGAGAUUGCUAAGCUGAGACUCAAAUCUAAUUCCAAUAAAAGUAUUUCAUCUGUGGUGAAAGAAAACAAGAAAUCUGAGACAUCUAUAACAGGGAGCUCGGAAGGCGGAAAAUUGUUGAAGCGGGAGCACGAGUGUGUCAUGUGUCUCUCAGAGGAGAGGUCGGUUGUUUUUCUGCCAUGCGCACAUCAGGUUUUGUGUCCGACAUGCAAUGAGCUCCAUGAGAAACAAGGGAUGAAGGAAUGUCCUUCAUGUAGGACCCCUAUUGAGUUUAGGAUUCGUGCCAAAUUUCUUGGGCAGCAGUAGAUAUAUAUUAUCCUUAGUGGAUAGGAAUUGUGAUGAAAGCAUUGCAGUUAGUUCAGAGGGUUCUCCAAGGAGGUUCGUUUUGAAGGUAGUUUAGACCAUUAUGGUGGCUACAUUUUAUGUUAUAAACUUUAUGUUUUGAGACUGAAUUAGUUCCUAGUCCGCGUCUCCCCUUUACCCCAAAAUAGGAAAAUAAAACAGAAAGAGAAACAGCAUAGACAGAAAUAAUUGUCCUUUGAGACAGUUAUGUGUACAUUUUUUACAGUGAAUUUCAAUAGCAAAGAGAAACUUGAUGGAUUUGGUUCUUCUAUAUCAUGUUUGGAAAUGUAUAAAUUAGUGCAUUAUGCAAGUUUGGCCCUUCACUUUCAAUAGCUCUCUAUCUAU